AUGCUCAUGAUGUGCGACGUUACGGAUGAAGCCCCGUGCUCUUCCACCUCCACCUCAUCGUCGGAAGAUUCGAUCACCUCGAACGGAUUCGAUUGCCACGUGACGCCACGCCCACCUAGGAAAUACCGAAAUUCCACGUCGUCCUCCUCCGCAUUCACCUUGGAUCGGACGACGUCCGCAUCCACGUCGUCUUCGGGAUCAGAAGCGUGUCUGUCGAGUGCCGAGAAGGCUAUUUCAUCGGGAGUUAUCAGUGGAGACGAGGAGGAAGAAGAAGAAGAAGAAGAAGAAGAUGAGGAAGAAACAUCCGAACCCGCAAUAGAGCCAUUCAUCUCGUCAUGGAGUUUUGCGAUGGGCACACAACGAUCGAUGAUAUCGUCGGUCGGCGAGAAGGCGCCCAAAUCGAACGUGGAGCCGAUGGAGGACUGGGAGCUGGAGCACGUGGAACGGGCGCAUCGGGAGAGCCGUCUCGCCGAGUCGUACGUCGAUCCGGCAUGGCGAUUCUACACGCACCCGCCCACCUCGUUCUGUUUGGCGCGCGUCUUCAUGCGACACGGGCUGACGGGCGACGAGGGAAACGGACAGUGGAGUGAGCACUUCUUGCUCGAUUUUUUGAGAAAAAAUGUCGAUUUGUUGACAAUCUUUUCGGAAGUCUUGAAAACUUUCGUAUUUUUGGGACAACUAGUAAAUGUUUAACUUCUCAAUGGAAAAGAGGAGAUUCUGAUAAGUUUUACAUAUUAAAAUCCCGUCAAAACUCGCAUUUUUCGUUUUGCUCUAGCGCCCACAAUGCUCGCAGUGUAGAGACAUUUUCAAUCAUUAUAUCACAAAAACUAAUACCGAAAUGUUUUGCAGAGCUUCCCCGCAAACUGGUGCAUCGUCGCGACUCGUCGGACUCCUCAUCAACGGCCUCGCUCUCCGGCUCGUUCUCGUCCGGCUCGGCGUCCUCGUCGGUGCUCGAUGAGUCGACGCUGACGAAGAUCCUGCCGACGGAGGAGUUCCGUGGCGGACGGGCGGUCGCGUCGCCCUCGCCGCCGGCCGCACUUCUCUCCGAGCCGCUCUCCCGCAUGGACGUGGUCGGUAUUUGAGGGUAAUCGGGGCGGUAGAAGCGGGAUGGAGGUGGUGGCGCAGUCGGGAGGGCGGACGGACACGGGCGGACAGGCCUCGGGUUCGGAUGCCCCAUACAGAGAACGACGAUUGAGAAGGUGGUGCUGCCCUUUGAAUGGCGAAACCGCUGGUUAUUACGUCGAAAAUAGAUUACGGUCCCGUUGAAUCAGUAGCUGUUCGCUUCAGAAUAGUGACUUUGCAAAGCGGAUUCACAAUUUUCCAACUUUUACAAUAACUUAAAGCGGCCACCCCACCGCCUUUCGCCUCCUGCCCCUUACGAAAUGUACAUAACUCGAUGUUCCAGACGAUUCCAAUGUUUUUCUUAAAUUUCCAAAUAUUUCCAUUUCAGCUCAGCGAAAAGAUUUGGGACUAUCACAACAAAGUGGCGCAGACGGACGAGAUGCUGCAGAGAAAACUGCACCUUCGCGACAUGCUCUACACGGCCAUCAGCCCCGUUUUUCCGAGUCAGUGCUGGACAAUUAGGGAUUUUUACAAUUAUUACACAAUUCUACGAUUUUCCCUCCUAAAAUUGCUAUUUUCAGUGUCGGGACUAUACGUGGUCGGCUCGUCGCUCAACGGCUUCGGCAACAACUCGUCGGACAUGGACCUGUGUCUGAUGAUCACCAACAAGGACCUUGACCAGAAGAACGACGCGGUCGUCGUGCUCAACCUCAUUCUCUCCACGCUUCAAUACGAGAAAUUCGUGGCCAGCCAGAAGCUGAUUCUCGCAAAAGUGCCCAUUUUGCGGAUAAAGUUCGCUGCGCCGUUCGACGACAUCACUGUCGAUUUGAACGCGAACAAUUCGGUGGCGAUCCGCAACACGCACUUGUUGUGCUACUAUUCCUCUUGUCAGUUUUCAUCUGAAAAUUCGUAGAAAUUUUCGCAUUUACUCUUCUUCUUGCAGACGAUUGGCGCGUGCGUCCGCUGGUGUCGGUGGUGAAAGAGUGGGCGAAACGGAAGGGAAUAAACGAUGCGAACAAGUCGAGUUUCACCAGCUACUCGCUCGUUCUCAUGGUCAUCCACUAUUUGCAAUGUUUGUUCUCCUUUUUUUUACAGAAAAAUUGGAUUGUUUGUCUAAUUGAUAGGGAAAAGCCAAUUGUCAGAGCGAUUUAGGUGUUUUUUGAACCGGAAAGUCUACAAUUGAAAGACUUCCGUCAAUUUUGGAUCAAAAUGUUCAAAAAACAAUGAAAAUUUCAAUGGAAAAGUGUAAUUCUUGCAGGCGGAACAACGCCGAAAGUGCUGCCGAACCUGCAGCAGACCUACCCGACUCGUUUCUCGAACAAAGUCGACGUGCGCACUCUGAACGUGACGAUGCCGUUGGAGGCGGUGCUCGACGCGCUCGAUGAGACGUCCCCGUCAGAGAAGACGACGCUCGGCGAGCUGCUGAUCGGCUUCCUCGACUACUACGCCAAUCAGUUCGACUACGAUCACGACGCCAUAUCGAUCCGACAGGGACAACGCGUCGAACGGGCCGCACUGGCCGCCCGUCCGAAGAUCCACCUCAACUCGGUCGGCUCUUCGGGCGGCGGCGAAAAAGACACGCCGCCGCCCUCCUCGUCGGCCUCCUCCUCGUCGUUGCACAACGGAGCCGGAGGAAUGGCCCACAUGAUGGUGCAUCCGCAGAUGAGCGCGCACUUUUGGCGCUCGCAAUGGCGCUGUGUGUGCAUAGAGGAGCCGUUCACCAACUCGAACACGGCCCACUCGAUAUACGACGAGAUGGUGUUCGGCGCGAUCAAGGAGGCGUUCCGCGAGGCGCACGGCGAACUCCGCCACAACCACGACCUCGAUCGGCUGCUCGAGUGCGAACCGAUCAAGGCAUCUACCACCAACGCCGGGUUCGUGCAGUAUUUUCGGCGGGAAUUGGUCUAGCUCAAGCUCAAAAAAUGUGUUGGCUCGAAAAAGCGAGCAUAUCCAGUUUUUUAAAGAAAGAAAUGUUGAAUACCGUAUACUUUAAAUUACAUCUUGACACUUCGAAUAUCGACCUGAUUGCAGAGCGGCCGUAUUCGCAGCCACGUACGAGGGAGAACGUCCGCAGGCGCAGCAGCCGAACUCGAUCGCGUCGGCCAGUCUUCGCGCGAUGAACGUGCUGGCGCCGGCGAACGGAACGGGCGGCCCUUUGGGUGGAGGACACUUCCAUUUCCAGCAGACGGGCGUCAUGCAGCAGCCGAAACAGCAGAGACCGCCGACGAACGGAUCCGCACCACCACCCGCCAACCAGCCGUAUCAUCAUCACAUGGUACUGCCUUUUUGCGAAACUCUGACGCCUGGCUUUACAUUUUGAGCAUUUCUGCGAAAAGAUACUUUCAUUUUGCUCCGUUUCAUAAGACCUUUGUGCCAGGAUUUUGCUGAUCGUUUUUUUCAGAACUCCCAUCGCAACGCAAACCAUCACCACCAAAAUCAGCAGCAAACGCAGCAUCAGUCAAACAACUCGUCGAACGGCAAUCGCCGAACCUACGGACAGCCGAACGGAGGAGGCGGAGGAGGAGCGAAGGCGUCGAGAUCGAACGAGAGUUUCAAGGAGCAGCAGCCGCGUCAUUACAACAGAACACAGAACGGAGUAGGAGUCAAAGAUCCGAACGCUCCGGCGCAGACGACGCAUGCGCAGACGAAACGGAAGGAUCAGGAAAGGUUCGUGUGGGGAAAAAAAAACGAAAAAGGGGACAUUUUUAGUGGAUGUAGAGCUGAAAAAAACUUUUGCGAAAUGUUCUCUUAGAAAUUACGCAAAAUUACGCAAUUCUUCAGGAACAUCUCGAAGCCCAACAGUCGCAAUCUAAAACAUUGUAAUUUUUCCAUUUUUGCAGCUCCUCGAAACCGAAGCGCUCGUCGGCCGUGCAGUCGCCGGAGCCGAAAGUGAUUGUGUGA